AUGGCCAGCCGCUGCAGCUCCUUGUCAUUGCCAUGGUUGCCCUUCCUGGUGGUGGUCCUUAUUGGCGACGCUGCGGCUGCGAUGGCGAUGCCCAGGCCGCUGCUGGGCAUCGCCGAGACGCCGACCGCCGCGCCGGGUACGGCAGCGGGGCCCGCCGGCGCGUCGUGGCCCGGGGGAGGCGGGAGGCCUGACCGGUCGGUGGCCGGCGCGGAGGUGAUCCUCGCCGGGUUCGCUGCCGCGGUGAUGGUCAUCAUCUUCUGCUAUAUCAGGGUCACCAGGAAAAACAGCGGCAGCGGCAGCAACGAUGUGGGAGUUGGAUUGGGAUCGGGAGGGAAACAGCAGCAGGGCCUGUGA